AUGAUAAACUUUAAUAAAGCAAAAUAUGUGCCAGCACCACAAGCUCUUCGCUUCCACCCAACGGAUAGACGCACUGCAGGUGAGAAUAGCCCCCACUUGGUUGAGGUGAGCAUUCGUCGGGUUUCCGAAGAAAAUGGUCCACUCGACUGGUACUACCUCGUCGUGACACCCGAUCCUCUGCCGGCUGACUUUCACACGAGUCGUCACGGGCCGUCCGAGGUCGGGAGCAGAACAGUUGCAUCCGAGCUGAAGGUACAGACUGGACCAGUCACAAUGUCAUCGUCUCCGCCACUUGCCUCGUCGGGGGGUUCGAGUGAAGCCGUGAAGUCGAGACUUUCCAGCCAUGCUGAGUCGAACGGAGCUGUCUCUUCCCAUCUGCCGCCGCCGACCAGCUACAACCUGACAGAACUGAGCCGAUAUGCUGAUCCCAGACUCUGGGAGAGUCGGUCAGCUCCUUAUCUGGCCAUGGCUCGACUUGUCGACAAUCUCUUCACACCCCCCCGAGAAACAGUUCUGAUCGCACUCGGCGGAUCGGCCAGACGGUUACUGUCAUGGCCCAAUUCUCUGGCCGCUGGGACCGGUGAGCUUGUGGGAGCUGGGAAAUCUGAUAAUCUGAUUGACUUGACAACGGAAACGGACGUCUCUCACGGCGUCUUCAAUAAGGCGCUAUUUUCGGGUACCUUGUAUCGAGCAGCUCUGCGAGUUUGUUCUUCGGUGAGCAAGUGCACUUUUGUAACAUAA